GGUUCCUACUAAAUUGCAGUCACUGCAAUCUGUUGCUCAUCUCGAUUUUGAUUUAGAAAAGAACAGGUAUCAUCUGUAAUUUGGGACGACAAGGAUCAAGUAACCAUUUUUUUUUUUUUUUCGUGGGGUCCAUGCCUGACUUCAGCGACUUCAUAUCCCCAAAUGAAAAUCGAGUAUUUCAUUACUUACCUCAUCGUUGACGAGCUUCAAUCUCUGUUGUGUUUGUUAAUAAAUGGCUGCUUCUUCGUCUUAAUUAUAGCAAUCCUAAUUCCUAUAUAUGAAAUCCCUCGAGUUCUUCUCUUUUUUCCUUCUUGCUUAUAUAAAUGUACGUACUGGUAAUCUUGAUCAUUCAUGCGUCUGCAAUCUGAUUAGAAAAGAACAUGUAUCAUCUGUAACGCGUGGAAUUGGGCGAAAAAUAGGCCUUAUCCUACCGACAAAGAUAAGUAAUGAUCUCUUGCAAUUUCCAACCAUUGAAUUUCUUGGGUCCAUGCUUGACCUGGACUCUCCUUCAGCGACUUCAUAUCCCUAACUAACUAGCAAUCAGAAAAUUGAGUAUCUCAUUUCUUAAUUACCUCAUCGUUGACGAGCUUCAGUCUCUCUGGUAGUUCUUAAUGGCUGCUGCUUCGUCUUCAUCAUGUGAAGGCAGUUUCAAAUACGACGUUUUCAUCAAUUUCAGAGGCGAAGACACACGUAGGUGUUUCGUCUGCCAUCUUUACGAAGCUCUGAAACAGAAAGCACUCAACACCUUUAUAGAUUCGGAAGAGCUUAGAAAAGGCGACGACCUUUCGGAGCUACUCAAAGCUAUCCAAGACUCGAGGCUUUCGAUUGUAGUUUUCUCUAAAGACUAUGCCUCUUCUACAUGGUGCUUAAAAGAACUGGUCCAGAUCUUGGAGUGUGUGGAUACGCAGAAGCAGAAAGUGGUGCCGAUUUUCUAUGAAACAGAUCCUUCCGAUGUUCGCAAACUGAAGGGGAGUUUUGCAGAAGCUUUUGCAAAACAUGAAAGCGAUUCCAGUGUCGUCAACGAAGAGUUGGAGAGCUGGAAGUCCAGUUUAACGAGAGCCACCAAUUUAUCCGGUUGCGACUCCAGAAAUUAUCAGGAUGACGCUAAGCUUAUCAAGGAUAUUGUAGAAGAUAUUUUUGAGAAGUUGAUCCACAUCUCAGCUAGUAAAACAGAUGAUUUAGUUGGAAUGGAUUCACACAUAAGUGAAAUGGAUUUGUUGUUAUGUCCCGGGGUAAAUGAUUUUCGCAUCGUUGGAAUUUGGGGAAUGGGCGGCAUCGGCAAGUCAACCAUUGCUAGAGCUAUUUAUGAGAAAAUUGCUUGUCAAUAUGAGCACUGUUGCUUUCUUGAUAAUGUGAAGGAAGGCUUCCUAAAAAACGGUGCAAUACAUACGAAAGAAGAACUUCUGGGUAGAAUCUUGAAGGAAGAAAAGGGGAUGUUUGGCACAUUGGAUAGACGUUUCAAGAUGAUAAUGGAAAGACUAGGUAAGAAGAAAGUUCUUCUUGUUCUUGAUGAUGUGGACAAUUUAAGCCAAAUUGAAACAUUACUUGGAAAUAAACCUUUAUUUGGCAGUGGGAGUAGAAUCAUCAUAACAACUAGAAAUAAGCACUUACUAGGUGGACUUGUGAUAUACGAGCCCAAGUCACCUGGUGAUGCUAGUGCUCUUGAGCUCUUUAGGAAGUAUGCUUUUAGAACAGCAGAACCCUCAGAGGAGUACGAUCAUCUAUCAAGUCGUGUCAUAAGAUAUGCUCAUGGUUUGCCUCUGGCACUUAAAGUCUUGGGAGCUUCUCUUGAUGGCAAAAGUGUACGUGAAUGGGAAGAUGAGUUGCAAAAAAUAACCAAAAUCCAGCACAUUGGAAUUCAGGGUGUGCUUAGAACAAGCUUUGAUGGACUAGAUGAUUCACAGAAGAACAUCUUUUUAGAUAUUGCAUGUUUCUUCAAAGGAAUGAACAAAAACCCUGUAAUGAAGUUUUUGGAGUGUUGUGGCUUCUUUCCGCAUAGUGGACUACGAGUUUUAGUUGAUAGAGCUCUCAUAAGUAUAUCCCAGUAUGAUAGCAUCGAGAUGCAUGAUUUACUUCAGGAAAUGGGUCGAGAAAUAGGAACACUCAGUAGGGUGUGCAAUUAUGAAGAUAUUGAUCGUGUGUUAACUCAAAAUACGGCUACAGAAGCAAUUAAAGGCAUGACCCUAGACUUGUCCAACUCAGACGAGGUAUACUUAAAUACUGAAGCCUUUGUUAGCAUGAGGAAACUAAGAUUGCUUCAGAUUCAUGAUCAUAACAAUUACAUUGACCUUGAUGGCGAAUUUUUUGAGCGGUGCUUAGACUCUAACUGCAAACAACACGUGACUGGGGACUUAAAGUUUCUUUCUCAUGAGUUGAGGCUUCUCGUCUGGCAUGGAUGUCCCCUGAAGUCUUUGCCAUUUAAAUUUCAACCGAAGAAUCUUCUUUACCUUGACAUGUCUUAUAGUCACAUUGAACAACUUUGGGAAGGAACCAAGCUUAUGGAAAACGUGAAAUGCAUGAAUUUAAUUCACUCACAACGCCUUAUCAAAACCCCCGACUUCACUAAGGCAACAAAUCUUGAGAAACUGAAUCUUAAAGACUGCAUAAGUUUAUCGGAGGUUCAUCCAUCCAUUUCAGCUCUUAAAAACCUUGUUCAGCUGAAUCUAAGUGGUUGCAUAGAACUUAAGAGUCUCUCCAGCAGCAUUCAUAUGGAAUCUCUUCAAAUUCUUAAUCUCUCAGGCUGCUCAAGUCUUGAAAAGUUUCCAGAGAUUUCAGGAGUUAUGAAGGAGCUAUGGGAUCUUCGACUAGAUGGGACUGCAAUUAAGAAACUUCCCUCAUCAGUCAAUAAACUUAAGGGGCUUUUUUUUUUGGCCCUUACAGGAUGCAUACAUCUUAGAAGUCUUCCAAGCAUCAUUCAAAUGAACUCUCUUCGACUCCUUGAUCUUUCUGGUUGCUCACAUCUUGAGGAGUUUCCAGAGAUUUCAGAACAUAUGAAGGAGCUAUCUGGUCUUUAUUUAGAUAAGACUGCAAUUAAAGAGCUGCCAUCAUCUAUUGAAUUUCUUCAUGGGCUUGCUACAUUAAGCAUGACAAAAUGCAGAAGCCUUGUUUGUCUUCCAGUCGAGAUUUGUAAUUUGCCAUACCUUAAAGAGCUGUGCCUGGCUGGUUGCACAAAACUUUCUAACUUGCCUGAGAAAUUGGGGAAUUUAAAAUCCUUGAGAGAUCUUGCAGUAGAAGGAAGUGGUAUUAAACAACUCCCUUUCUCUAUCUUACAUUUGAGCAGGCUUAGUUCAUCAUUAUUAUGCAAUGGAUGUAAAGAAAUGACGGCACCCUUUUCAUCAUGGCCACUGUGGAUAAAAGCAGACCGCAGUUGCUCUGUUCUGGUACAUCUUGAUUUAAGUGACUGCAACCUGUUGGAAUUAUCAGAUGGUAUUGCUCAUCUCUCUUCUUUGGUAUCAUUAAAGCUGUGCAGAAACAAUUUGGAGAGCAUACCUGCAACAAUGAAUAUGCUUGAAAAGUUAACAGAUCUCGAUUUAGAAGGCUGCAACAGACUGAAAUCAAUACCAGAGCUCUCAUCAAGUAUAUGUUAUAUAGAUGCGCAUAAUUGCACGGCUUUGGAAAUAGUUUCCCCUGUAAAGCUUCUGCAUGAAGAUGGUUUUUGCUUCACAUUUUCUAAUUGCUUGAAGCUAUCGAGAAAAAAUCCAUUCAUAGAGAUUGUCGAAACUCAUUCUCAACAUCAGGAUACUCGACUGAAACAUCUUUUCGGUGGUAUGCACCUUCCCGAAAGUCAAAUUGCCCGUUGGUUCAACUCUCUUCGCAAGGGACUAUUAGUAACUCUUCCCGGAAGCGAAAUUCCCGAUUGGUUCAAUCAUCAGUGCAGGGGAUCUUCAGUAACUGUACGGCUACCACCGAAUUGGUUAUUUAACAAAUUAUUGGGGAUUGCCAUAUGCGCUGUCAGUAACCAGUGUGCUCAUAGUAAUGUAUCUCUUCAAUCUUCUUUAUGUUUUUGUACCUUCAAAGGAAAUCAUGGUCAGCGCAGUUUCAGAUUUCCGUUCCUCCAUGAGCGAUUCAGAACUGACAGAUUACUUGAGUCAGAUCACAUGUUCCUGCGGUAUAAAACUGGCCCAAUUCCAAUAGACUGGUACAAUGAUGAACACUACUACACUGAGGCAAAAAUUAGUAUUGUGGUAGACAAUGGAGUCUCCAGGAAUGAUUUCAUGACACUAAAAGUCUGUAGUUGCAUUACAAGUUGCGGGGUUCGUUUCUUUGAAAUUAAUCAUGAGGAAUUGCAGAAUCUAAGCACGCCUUCACCCGAAAUUAAUACUGACAGCUGCAGAUCGAUGACAAUCAGUGAGUACUGAAGGAAAGGAAGAGAGAAAGGAAGCUUAAGAAACUUGGAGAGAUUCAGAGGAAGGUGCAGAGAGAGAGAGAGAGAUUUGUUGGCUACCUUCUCGAUGACUUGGAGAAAGAGGCAGAAAGGGAAAG